AGACAGUUCAUGUUCCAAAAAUUAACAAAUUAGAAGUGUGAACUUUCUUGUUCGUUGCAAUUGAUGAAGAAACAACGGACCGCAUGAAGGAGUCCAGGAUGAAUGUGGAGACCUUGAAUAAAGGAGAGCUGCUGAUGCUUCUCAGCAUCCUGGAGGGAGAGCUGGAGGCUCAGGACCUGGUCAUCAACGCCCUAAAAGGCCAGCACAAAACCGCCUUUGUCCAGGAGCGCUAUGGGCAGUAUGAUCUGAGCGACCCGUUCCUCGCUCUGCAGAGGGACAGCGAGAUGGCUCGGAGUCAAGGUCCCUGCGCGGGGGAGAGGAGUCAGUCCGUCAGUCCCAGCCCUUUGGCCGUGCUCAAGCUCGUCAUGGCCCACUGUAAGAGGAUGCAGGAGAAGAUGAUGGCCCAGCUGGCCGCCGCCGAGAGCCGACACAGGAGGGUCAUAGCUGAUCUUGAGGAGGAGAAACGGCGCCAUGCUCUGGACACUGCCGAGGGCGAUGAUGUCACCUACAUGCUAGAGAAGGAACGGGAAAGGCUCCUGCAGCAGCUGGAGUUUGAGAAGGCUCAGGUGAAGCGGUUGGAGAAGGAGCAGCAGAAGUUGUCAGGCCAGGCAGAGGAGGACCUGGCCCAGCACCAGCAGUUGUCUUCUGCCCUGGCCAAAGAGUGCCAGCGCGCCAGCGCCAAAGCACAGGAGGAGGGUCAGCGCGUUGCCGAGCUUACGCGUCGCCUGGAAGAGGAGAGCAGCGCCGCCGAGGAACUGAAGAGGGCGCUAGAGGCCGAACGCAACCGCGGCCUGCAGAUGGAGGCACGGGCCGAGAGGCAGCUAGCCGAAUUCGACACUGAGCGCGAGCAGAUGAGAGCUCGUCUGCGUAAAGAGGAGGCCAGAUGCCUGGAGCUGCAGGAGCAGAUUGAGAGGCUUAAAAAGGAGCUAGCCACACUGGGAGAAGCUAAAGUUAAAGCUGAGGAAACAAAAGCAAAAACGACACCUAAAUCACCAGCAGGACCGACGCUAGUGUCUGCUUUUAGUCAGACAGAGCCCGAGGUGAAAUCAGUAAGCACAAAGACAUCUCCGCUGCCCAAGCAGAACGGGCAUCACCACGUCCAGAAAGAGACAGAGGCAGCAGAGGAGAAGCCCAGCCAGGAGAAUGGCGGGGGAGAUAACGGGUCAGGAGGAGGCCUGCAUUCGCCCAUUCACCUCCAACAGAGUCUGUCACCCAGCAGCACAGCCUCCUCUUCGCUCACCUCCUCUCCUUGCUCCUCGCCAGUCCUUAACAAGCGCUUGGCAGGUCUAGGCGCUUCUAGCCCCACUUACCAGUCCUCUUACCAGGCAAGUGUCAACCAGCGCUUCCAUGCCGCACGCCACAAGUUUCAGGUUCAGGCUGAGCAGGAGCAGCAGCAGAGCGGACUCCCGCACUCCCCUCGAGACCUCUCUCCGACCACCACCCCUCCCCCGGAGAACAGCACAGCCAAGCAACUGGCCCGCAACACCGUCACUCAAGUUCUCUCUCGCUUCACCAGCCAACAGGCAUCUGGAAAGCUCCCAGCCCCAAACAGCUCUCCAUUUGGCACAGACUACCGCAACCUGGCCUCCUCGUCUCCCUCUGCCAAAAGCCCGGGCCCCCUGUCUCCAGGCAUUAGGUCACCCAUUAUCUCCAGAUCUGAGAAGGGCCAUCCACCCCCUGUCCCACCCAAGAAACCUGGCCUCAACCAGUCACCUGCUUCACCAGUCACUUCUGGCAGAGGCAGCCACUUCCCAGAGCUUACGGGAAGCUGUGGCCUAAACAGCACACAAGAGGGCGCUAAAGAGCCAGACUUGGUCAUGUCCUCCUCUAGCUAACAUGCACAACACUAAAAGGCACUAUAACAUGUGUCGGUAGUUUAUACUCUAUGAACUCAAUCAGCUCUCUCAAAUACUGUCCAGCUAAAAUGAGACCUCUUUCAUGUUCCCUUUUAUCAACCAUUAUUUGUAAUGAUCUUUAUAUGUCUAGUUAUAUUUUGAG